AUGCUCAGCCAGUGGUGGCCCAUCUUGGUGCCCGUCUCGCCAAGACCGGCGCCGGAGAUCCCGACAGAGUUCACACAAGCUCGGACGUUGGUUGCGCGACUCCGUAUGGCCGCCAAGCAGGCAAUCAAAUUUGAUCGCAAAAGUGACGUCGACACUGCGCUCAAGUUUUACGACAUCUGUCGGCGAUACAUCCUUUUGGCGUUGGUAUCAGCGUUGCCUCGCAAGGAGAAGCGAAGGCUCCGUCACCGCCUUUCGGAGGUUGUGACCCGCAUUCAACAGCUGAAAUCCUCGCUGCCUCCAUCCACUCCGGAGCACAUGCCACAGGAGCCGCCGACCAACAUUCCUGUGCCAGAAGCACAUCCGCAGCUGCCCGUGGGAACGCAAGCCAGCGGCGGUUUUGAAUUGCCGAAGACCGGCAGCAGCCCUUUCCCAGCUCACGGGGUCAGUAUGGUGAGCAACCCGAUGCAACCAGGCAUUCAGCCCGGCCAACCACCUCCUUUGCACCCGGCAGUGGCGAUGCUGACGGGAGGUGCAUCUGCAGAGUUGCCAACGCAGUCGGCCGAAACAGGGCAUUUCACGAGCUUUCAGGCAAACCUGGGACGGUGUUGA